GGGUGGGUAGCUGGGGUGCACCAGCUCCCGCUGCCCCCCUCCCAAGCCCCUGCCUCCUCACUGCCUGCACCCCGAUGGCCUCUCCGCAACUCUCUGCACAAAAAGCCAUAGGGCAAGUCUCCUGCUCACUGCCUUGCCUGAAAAAGGAGGGAAGGAAGGAGGAGGAGAAAAAGGAGGAGGGGAGGGUGGUGAUAAGGGGCUUGCUGCGUUGCCUCAUUUCUGUAUCCAGCGCACAGCUCGCGGGGUGUGUGCAAGUGCGUGCAGCCGCUGCUGGAGGACUCCUGCUGCUGCAGUCUCGGCGCUGAGCUGCCAGCGACCAGGCAUCAGGCGAGCUCUGCCUGUUUACCGACUGGUGAGAAGUGUUGCAAUGCAAAAGCUGAACGCGUCUGUGGAGGGGAGACUGCACUGGCAGCAGCACCUGUAAGGAGCAGAAGGGAAGAGGCAUCCCAAGGCAUUUAGCAGCCCACAGCCGAGGUUCCUGGCAUCAGCACCUCUCCUGGUGUCUCCAUCACUGCUUGCUUUGGAUCUCUUCUUAAGGGAGAAGAGGAAAAAGGAUCCAGAAAACCCCUGCAACAGGACAGCCCCUGCUGGAUUCUAACAGGUGUUUGCUGGGAUUUCAAUGGGGAGGGGCUGGGUGGGGAGAAAAGUUAACUGGAGAAAUAGGGGCUAGGAGAGAUGCAAUAAUCUUGCACCAAGUGGAUGUGCCAUGUCUGCAUGUGAAUAGUGCAUCUGGAGAAGCUCAGAGGGAUGUCUUGCAAGUGAUCCUCUCCAUCUCCGUAGAAACACUCACCUCUGCCUGCAAACUUUCCCCUGCCUGAAGUUGGGAGGAAUAAAAAAAGCAUCGGAAAAUCAAAAGGGGAAGACCUCAGUGGACAAAAACGCUUGAGCUAAACUGUUGCAUCCUAACCCAGGGCUCUGGUGCGAGUGUCCCGCCAGUGUCUCCUGGGCUGCCAACCCGACUGGCGGUGGGUCACGUUGGCCAAGGAGCCCGGCAGCGUCCCCGACAUUGGGGACGGGCCGAGCAGCAUGCUGGCUGCGGUGCCCGCGGCCGGCGAGCAAACCUCACGUGCCUGAGCUGCCAGUGGUACCGGGGCGGUGGCGGCCAUGGCUGCAGCCAUUGCCAGCUCCCUGAUCCGCCAGAAGAGACAAGCCAGGGAGCGGGAGAAGUCCAAUGCCUGUAAGUGUGUCAACAGCCCCAGCAAGAGCAAGGGAAGCUGCGACAAGAACAAGUUGAAUGUGUUUUCCAGGGUCAAACUCUUUGGCUCCAAGAAAAGGCGAAGGCGGCGACCAGAGCCUCAGCUUAAAGGUAUAGUAACAAAGCUAUACAGCAGGCAAGGAUACCACUUGCAGUUGCAAGCAGAUGGAACAAUUGAUGGAACAAAAGAGGAGGACAGUAGUUAUACUUUGUUUAACCUCAUACCUGUGGGUUUACGAGUGGUGGCGAUUCAGGGGGUUCAAACAAAACUGUAUCUGGCAAUGAACAGUGAAGGAUACCUAUAUACAUCAGAACAUUUUACACCUGAAUGCAAGUUCAAAGAAUCAGUAUUUGAAAACUACUAUGUGACAUAUUCUUCAAUGAUCUACAGACAGCAACAGUCUGGCCGGGGUUGGUAUUUGGGUCUUAACAAAGAAGGAGAAAUAAUGAAAGGAAACCACGUGAAGAAAAAUAAACCUGCAGCACACUUUCUUCCAAAACCAUUAAAAGUGGCCAUGUACAAAGAGCCUUCUCUCCAUGAUCUCACAGAGUUCUCCAGAUCUGGAAGUGGGACCCCAACAAAGAGCAGAAGUGUUUCAGGAGUGCUAAAUGGGGGUAAAUCCAUGAGCCAAAAUGAGUCAACGUAGCCAGGUUCAGGCAAGCCAAGUGCUCUCUAAACAGAACCUUACCUCUGGAUGCAGUUGAAUUCUUACUAGCAGUCUUUCAUCCAAACGUUCAAUUGCCCAGGACAAGCCACUGAACUUGCAUAGGUCACUCGUUUAUCAGCCAUUAGAUCUACUGGUUGUCAAAGGAUAUACCCCAAUAAUGUAGAAUAUGCUUGUGCAUAUCACAAGGCACUUGGAUAGCCAGCAAACAUAACUGCGGAAUAAAUCUCGGAGAAGAAAUGUCCAGCUCUUUCUCUCUCUCUCUUUAUCUCUCUCUCUUUCUCUCUCUCCCCUAUGCUUUGUGGAAUACGAAACAGAAAACAUUUCACUGCAUUUACUGCUGAUAAGCAUUUGCUUUCCAACUCAGAAAAAGACCACUUUUGCUCUUCAAAGGAAAUUUUAAUGCUUGUAUGUUUUAUAGGGGCAAACAAAAAACAAAUAUGUAAACUCCGUUGUUUCCUUGGCUUACUGUUUUAUAUCUAAGGCUUGAUAAAAAAUGUAUCCUUUAAUUUGGAAUAGUGCAACUUUUUGAUUUCUGAACUCCAAUGGGUCUUUAAAGUUAUGUCUUUAAAAAAAUAAUAAAAAAUUCAGGGUUGGAACUGAGAGUUAUUGUCUCAGGCUCAAGCAAACAGUGUUCUUGUGGUUUUAAACACAAUGAAAUAUAAAUUUUUAUAGAUUUGUAGUUUCUGGUAAAGUUCUUGUGCUAACCCCAGUCUGUAGGAAUUGAGUUGUUUUGUUAUCCCAAGUGGAAGUUAACAGAAAGGGAUAAAAUUAUCCUCCAGUGUAGAUUUCUCUUAAUUCCAUUUUGUGUGUCAUGUUAAACUAUUGUUGUGGCUUCUUUUCUAAAGACAGAAACUGUGGAAUUAAGGUGACUUAAUUUUUUUAUAAGAAACGUCUUAUUUGUAAAAGUCCUUCUUUCACUGUAACGGGCACGUGAAUAUUGUGUAGAAGGAAGCGUUAGGACAGGUUACCCCUAAACAACAUAUACUUAUACAUGCUAUUGGAAACAAUUGUUUAAAAACAAAAAUGUAGUUAGGUUUCCAUUUAGGUCAUCAUGAUGUCUGUUGCAUGGGAGAAAGUUGGAAUAUUGGCAUAGAGUUGCAUGAUGUGUAAGAUUUUGUGCAUUAAUCAUUGUUGGAUUCUGUGCUCCAAAACUGACAUAGUUCUGUACAGGCAGCUUUCUGCCUCGUACAAAAGAGUUGUUUAUUAUUUGUUGUAUACACAACCAUGCACUGAAUAAACUAUUUAUAUUAAGAUGUACUUUUUAAAAAAGCUUGUUUGAUUAUAUGAUGUACAUCCAUGAUUAAUUUCAAGGGAAAGGGUUGGCAGUUAAAUUAUAAAGUUAUAAAAGAUACUGUAAUUAAUGUUCAAAAUCUUUCUAUGUUAUUCCCUUGUAGCGCCAUACACUAUACAAAUGAGAACAGGUUCCUUCUUUUGGAUCUUGUUAGAACUGGUCUUACAAUUCCCAGCCGAGAUACUCAAAACAUAGUGACGAUUAAGUGCCACAAAGUCUUGGUAACGACCCCUCUGCUGUGCGCUGCUGGAGUGCCAGUGAAUCAUGCUCCUCCGCUUUGAGCUUCUCUGGUUCCUCCAUGUCUGACCUCCCCAGUAGACUUUCUCGGUGCAGCACAAAGUGCCACCUCGCAGCACAACCUCCCCAGAGCCCUCAGUACAGGGGUGACCCAAAGAGGUGCGGUAAGCCAAGCACUGCUCAUGCCAGGGUGGCGCCGUGAGGAUGCUCGGAGUUGCUGUGCAUCACUGCAGGUACAUUUUAAGGAUCAGCUUUAUCUGGUCUCAAGGUAAAAAGGCUCCCAUGCCUCCUGCCUCUGUGCACAUGCUCUGGAGGGAAAAAUGUCCCUCUCUCCUGCCUUUUCUCUCCAAAAACUUCAGUGAGAAUUUUUCUCAUCUUUAACAUCCAGGCAGCUCUGACAGGUGAGCUUCAUUCAUCAAGGUGUUUUGAGAAGUCCUAGGAGGAACACGUUAUCACCACAGGUGGCUGAAAAACCUGUUCUGGGAGGAAAUAAUGGAAAUAGAGGCAAAAAGUUACCUAUAACUGUUAGCCUGAAAUUAAUAAUAUCAGAUAUUCUGCUGUCUGCUCUGUGUCCCUUCCACCUCACCAAGCUGGAAUUAGCCCUCAGACUAGGCUGGGAUAAUUACUUUUUUUAAAAGGUUGGAGCUGAGAGAGGAGGGAAGGAGAUUAUGUUUCAGAUCAAGCCCCUAAACAGCUGGUUGGUUUGUGGUAAAUAGUAAGCAAAGAGCUCUGGCUUGCUGAGCUCCCAUAUUGGAGCAGAGUGUUGCCCUCCCAAAACCCACCAUCUUGAUGGCCUUCAGAGGGCCAGGGGGUCCUUAGGCCCAAAGGUUGAAGAAAGUGGGAGAACUACCAGUGCCAUAGAAAUCCUUACAGAUUUAAGAUGCGGCUCUGAUUCCUCCAGAGGCUUUUUGAUAACUCAAUGAGUCUGGAGCAUCUGUUCCCUUCAACUUAAUAUGCUAUGCCCCCAUGGAACAUUUACCUUAAACCUCCCAACCCCGAAUAUCGGACCUAUUGAGGUGUAUGUUCCAAAAAAGGAAUCCGAGUGCCUUAGGAACAUAAAACCUGGUUAAAAAUAUGCAUGUUUGUAGCAAAGGUAGUUCAAUGCAGAGUGUUAAUUGUCCUAAAGAUAACUGGAAGUCUGCUGCUUUGCUUUAUAGCUGCAGUCUUACUGUUAUUCGCCAUCCCCAGUACCUCCAAACUUGAAGGUCAUCUGUAGUGGGAAAAAAAGUGCUCAUCUCCAAAAUUGCCCAUUCUGAGGUUUGUAGUCUGACCCAUCUUUCAUAUUGACAUUGGCAUCAGCUGUGUGUUCACUGCCAAGUCCCUAGUUUCAAAGGUUUCUAAUAUACCAAGCUAACAAAAGUCACUCUUGGAUUGAGAUGAGAAGAGAGACGUAGUGAUAGAUGAGCCAUAAAUAGCCACUUCUGAUAAUCGUGUUAAAUUUCUGACAAACCUGUUCCAACAGUAUUUUUUUCCUUCAGAGUAUCUUGGACUGAACAGGGAAUAUUCUUGAUAGACUCCUGAUAGCAGUCAAAAGCUCAUCUACACUAUGAUUAAAGUUGGGGAGUUGGGGGGCAUUAUUCCCUGGGUUUAACAUGUGGAGCCAUAGACUGGGAUUUAAUAAGGAGAAAAGAGUUAAAUAGAGUUCAGAGACAAUGAAUUGAAGGUGAUACUCUGACCCAGUCAGAAAAGUCCCUUAGGUAGACAAGAAUGGGGCUUCAGCAGAAGACAUAAGAAUUCUGCUAGAUGUUGGUUAUUGAUCAAGAGAAAACUUAUAACCACUGGUCAACUCACUUUGCUUUGCCCCAUGUACAGUGACGGAGUGCAGUAAGAUGCACACCUCGAGUAAGGGCAAAGCCCAGGGGCUGGUACAAAACCAAGCUCUUUGCUGCUUCUGAGCCACUAACCAUCUGCAGCAGGCUUGGUCCCAGGCCCUUCUUUUAUUGCCAAUGUGAUGGCUGAUGCCUUUCACCUGCCAUUUCUCUUGUCCCUGCCUCUCCACCGAUGCUGUCCACACGCAGUGCGGCAAUGUCACAGGUCUGGAGUUGGCUCAGGAGGCGCAAAACUGGCACAGCCACUUUGUGAUUCACCUGGGCUCCACUUCACAAAGCUCUGAGCCACCACAGGGGCUGUGCAGAGACGUUAUGAAAGACUGACAAAUACUACCUGCCAACCCAAAAGAAAACAGGUCACCUAUGAAAUUGCGAGGAGCACAACUAUUAUGAGGCAAAAUUGCUGCCUUUUUGUGAUCCACCUGUCAGAGUUGCUUUCUCGAAGGUCUCUGCAGGGGGCUCAAGCAUUGCCUGCUUGGCCUGGUUUUGACAUGAGGGAGGGUGGGAAGAGCUCUUCUCUGUAUCACAGAGAUCUUUAUUUUUCUUUUUUCUUUUAAUUUACUUCAUGCUACCUCAUAGCAUGGUUGUAUCUCUGUAGCCACUUGCUCAGCCGUGUUCAUUGCUGGCACGAUGGAAGACAUUUCCCUACUUGGGGCAAAUAUCUCCAUGUUACCCCAGGCAAGAACGGUGCCCCUUCUGCAGCACCGUCUCGUGUCCCCACCCGCUGGUUUCCAGCCCAUGGGCCAGUGGGACGGUGUAAUGAGCUCAGGGAUGCUGUGGUAUGCCAGGCCUCUCCUCAGCUGAACACCAGCAUGAGAGCCAGGUCUGGCAGAGCUUUGCUGUGUCUUGAGUAUCUCUGUCUGGAGACCAGAGCCAGGUCUAACAGGUUUAAAUGUCUCCCUGACAUAUCUGUGACCAGGACACUUUUGCAGGACAGAAUCUGUAUGUAACAAUCUCCUGUCUUCUAAUAAACAAUUCUGUCUAAAACAGA